AUGUCUGUGACCACGAAGGAUGCCGCAAGGCAUUCUCCGAUGUAUGCGGCUCCCCUCGUUAUCGUGUCUGCUUACCCUGCAAUUGCUGACAGCUCUCCCCAGUCAUCCAGUCUAGCACGCCAUCGCAGGAUUCACACCGGGAAGCGGCCGUAUAUCUGCCAGGAACCUACAUGCGAACGAAGCUUUUGUCGAAAAACCACCCUGACCAAACAUCAACACCGCUCACAUCCACCCGGCACGGUGACUCGGCCAGCUUCAGAAGAUGUAACAUCGGAGCAUUCGUACCAGACCCCCAUUAGUACAUCCGUAGCGAAUGACCAGUAUCUCCUCGCCCAGCAGCCCUACUACCCUCAUUCAUCCACGCCAACGCACGAGUUCUAUCCUCCCCAGAAUAUACCCAUGACACCAGUUGCCGUACAGGAGGCGCCCCCAAUCGUUGCCCAUAAUGUGCCCGUGACGCCCCCCGUUGACGUGCAGCAUGUUCAGCAACAAUACAUGCAGCAACUCAUGCAACAGCGCUACGACCAAGGCCGCCCCGGCUACGUACCACCGGAGUUCCAGCACCCCUUCGGGGGUGUGCCCACAGCAGAUGGACAUGGCCUCAUGGUUACCUACCCUCAGAAUUUCCAGUACAAACAACAACAACAAACCCGGCUUCUAAACCAACCCGAGGGAACCGACUGGGCGUUUCUCGGGGUCGGUUAA